AAAGCAUAGUAAUAAUAAGAAGAAGAACACGUGAACUUUGUUGCUGGAGGCUGUUGUUUCUGAAGUCAAAGUGCACAGUGAAUCACAACAAGGUGCAGAAAUGGAGGUGAAGACGCAGGUGGUGAACGCGUUGGCCGAGAACAAGAAAACCGCUCUUCUUGUUCUCGGAGGAGUUGGUGCAGCUGCUGCCAUUCUGGCGUUUAAAUACCUGCGAAAACCGGAGGAGCUGGUCCGUGUGGGGGUCGUGUCUCAGCUGCUCGUACACCCUCUGAAGUCCGGCAAAGCUGUGAGUGUGGCGCUGGCUGAGUGUGACACGUUUGGACUGAGGUUUGGAGAACUACAAGACAGACACUGGCUGGUGGUGAAGGAGGACGGUCACAUGGUGACGGGCAGACAGCAGCCUCGUCUGGUCCUGGUGUCUCUGACCUGUGAGGGAGGUCACGUCUGUUUGAACGGACCAAACAUGGAGGAGCUGAAGUUUCCCAUCAAACAGCCCGACAACCACGUCAUGGACUGCAGAGUGUUCAGCGAUGACAUCCAGGGUCGGGACUGUGGCGACGAGGCGUCUCGCUGGCUCACCCGUUACCUUGGGGAAGAGAAAACCUUUCGCUUGGUUCACUUUGAACCUCAGAUGAAGGGGAGACAGUCGCCAGAGCCGCUGUUCCCACAGGAUGAGAAGGUGGCGUACCCUGACGUGGGACCGGUGAUGCUGCUGUCCGAGGCGUCCGUUCAGAAUCUGAGCAGCAAGCUGGAGAAGGACGUGACUGCGAGGCGCUUCCGUCCAAACAUUGUGAUCAGUGACUGCGAGGCGUUUGCUGAGGAUUCAUGGGCAGAGAUCCAGAUUGGCAACGUGCGACUGCAGCGUGUCAUGUCAUGUGGAAGGUGCAUUUUCACCAAGGUCGACCCUGAGACUGGAAUCAUCAACCGAAAAGAGCCUCUGGAGACGCUGAAGAGCUAUCGCCUGUGCGACCCGUCGGAGAAGGACAUCUACAAAGCGUCGCCGCUGUUUGGACAACUGCACACGGUGAAGAAGACGGGGAUCCUGCAGGUCGGCGACGUCGUGUACAAGAUCAGCCGUUAAUUAGCGAGCGUCGGGGGGGGAAGUGGGAAAGUAGUGCCUUUGACUGAAUGAUGUAAAAGUGAAAUCACUAAAAUAGAUGCACAAAUAUGCAUGGGCUACAAUACAAAGCAAUAUUUUACUUUUUUUACACUUUAUCUUUCCUCUCAUGUCAUCUUCUCUUGUCAGUAUAUAAACAUCUCACCUGUCCCCAUGUGCUGAUUUAAUCUGUACCUGAUUCCUAGAUUAAUAAACUGGCAAAUGAA